AUGUCAGCAUGCAUUCUACUGCUCAAGAGACUGCCAGAGGAUCCACUGGAAGAGCCGGGGGGGGGGGGGUACUUGGGUUAAUGUUUGCUGGGUAUGUGCCGCUGGCCUCUCAGAGCCCCCACCCCAUUUUAGUCUAUUUUUUGGCCAAUUAUAGACCCCAUCUUAGUCACUUUUUGGAAAAUGUAAUUUUUGCGAUCCCAACUUAGUCACUUUCUAUUUAUUCAUCUACCUUGCCAAUCCUUUAAAAAGCCGGGUCAUCCAAAAACGAAUUGACACAAUUUUUAAACUGAAUAAAGAAUACUUUACUUUCACCUACAAUACAAGCAUUCUGGUACGUUUCCUAACCGUAAAUAUUUACAAACGUACCGUCAUAAAUAGUUGAAAAGAAAAACAUUCUUCUUCAAACGGGAACGUUAUGAUAGAAUUUUGAAUACGGAUAAAAGCAAUUUGAUUAUAAUAAAAUUAAAGAUGAGAAGAUUCCUAAUCCCAAUGAGCAUAUAUGGGCAAUAGCUUUUUAUCAGCAAUUGUAUAACUGUUUAAAUAUUAUUGUCACAACACUCGUCCAAACUUUUAUGCAACUUAUUCAAGGACUUUUAGAAAAGGAUCUAGCGAAGAAACCUAUUUUUCAAUCUAGUUCUACAAACAAUUAUUUAUAGCAACUUCUUAGCUGUGUUAAAAAACUGAUGUUUCGGUGGACUUUGUUCUGGACCCGUGGUUUUGUGCUAUUGAGUAACUGGUUAAUAUUUAAGUUGUGGUUUCAAGAACGGAAUGCAAUGCGGUCAAUGCAAGCUUAUUGUUCAAUUUAAUAAACAACUUUCUGAUCUUUUUAACUGAGAAUCUUCCCAUUUUGAUUCCCUACUUACCCCCAAAAUUCGAGAAUUUGCGACCCCAUUCUAGUAACUCUAUUGAAAAUGCGACCCCAUUAUAGUCACUCCAGUCGUGAAAAUGCGACCCCAUCCAGCGGCACAUCCCCAUUAGGCUCUUGUAAGGGAGUACCCCCGGGUGGAAGAGAUACAAGGCAAACUGCAUUCUGCCGAAUUCAAGUUUACACGACUUGUUCGACGCGUGCGAGCAGGACGUGAUGCCAGUGCCUCAGCACGCUGUGAUUAUGGCUUCGAUAAUUUGCGAAUGUACCAUAGGAAUGUUCCAGCUGAUGUGGAGAGCAUUUUACUUGGUAUAUACCAAGCUAUCUGGCGAGACAUCUUGCAGUCUGAAUAUGGGGACCCAACAGAAGCACUUCUGCAUCCGCUGCUGAAUGAUUUUGGCACCUCGAAACAAAUGAUCCUUGAAGCGUACGAAAGUAAUUCCCUGGAUGCUUUCAUACAGCGUUUUGUCAGAAAUGCGUUACAACGACGCGGAGAUGCAUGUCCUCGCUAUUUCUCUGACUGGCUGCACUACAGACUGAUCAUUGGUCCUACAAGAUUGUUACUGAGCGAAAAGGAGGUGCUUUCAGCACGCGAUAUUGCACGGAUGAGAGAUGAAAUCCACCGCACUUACCAUGAGUAG